AUGGGCGGCAUCGCCUCCAGCCUCCCCGCCCGUCAUUCGCGACAAAACUCGUCCCUCUCCGUCGGCUCCCUCAACCCCGCGCAUCGCGUCUCGCGCCGGAAAAGCAUGUCCACGACCGCCGCCACAAACGUAGCCGCCGUAGCUGCAGCCGUCGGUGGAGAUGCUCCCACUCGCCGAACCUCGUCCAAAUCAACCCUCACCCCCAGAGGUCCGCCCGGCUUAUACACAUCCAUGGGCGGUAGCUUGCCAAACAGCGGCUCUCCCUUUGGUCCUUCGAGCUACAACGCCAAGAACGGCGCCGCCGUGGCCGAUGGCCCGCCCCUGGCUUCCAUCCCCGACGCAGAAAAGGGAAAUGGCAAGUCCAGAGCGAGGCGCGCCAGCGAAGGUUCGGGCGCAAAGGGCAAGCGAGCGAGCGGUAGCGAACUUCGCUGUGAAAAAUGUGGAAAAGGGUACAAGCACAGCAGCUGUCUCACAAAGCACCUAUGGGAACACACGCCGGAAUGGGCCAUUACCUCGAAACUGCUCAUCUCAAAGCACCAGCAGGUGCAAUUGCUCGAGGCCGCGUCGGUGCUGGUCAACAUGAACCAAGAAGCCACCCAGGCCGAAAGCGAUCACUCCUCAUCCCCUGCCGCCUCGGGAUCUUCCGACUACCGCGACGACGGCAUGAGUUCGGCGGAAACGACGCCUCCCCCGGAUGCGCCCGUCGGCUCUUAUCAGGGCCCCGCCGUCCGAUACUCCAACAAACGCUUCAGCAGCAACAGCAGCGCCUACUCCCAAUCCUACCAAUCGAAUCCUUCAGUCUUCUCUCCCAACUCUUACGGCUACUAUCGUCAGCAAAGCAUCGAUCAUCUCCGUCCACCUACCUCGGGCACGUCGACGACCUUUGACGAGGAGGACCAGGCCGAUCUCGCUGCCGCGGUGGGUCUGCUGAGUUGCAGCUACGGCACGCCCCAGAGCAAGCCCAUCAUGCUGCCACCAGACGUCCCGCCCGUACCUCCACUCCCCGCUCGCUUCCUCAGUCAAAACAGUCUCGACUCCCGAACCGGCACCGUCGCCACUCCACCCGGCCAGCAGCAGUACGCCACGUCUCUGCGCUCGUACGCCAGCCGGCAUCAAUCUGCAGAUGAUGACGUGGACAUGGAGGACGAUGAGGAUGAUUUUGAGCGGCACCAGCGCGCUCGUGGGAGAAGCGACGAAGACGAGGAAGGCAUGUUUGGCCGGAUGGAGGAGUAG